GAUGGUGCUAGACCAGUGCUCGCAUCCAUAACCGGGGUGAAAACGACCGAAAACCGCAGCACGGUGCGAAAAGCGACCCCGCUCUGCAGUGCCAGGGCAGCGGCUGCGUGCUCGGGGUGGCUCGGACCCGGUGUGAGGGCAGCCUGGCUCAAGCGAUGCUCAGCACAAGUCGGGCACACGGGGCCUGGCUGUGCUCGUUGGCUGCUCUUGGUCUCGUUGGGGUUAUUUUGCGAUGUGCAGGUAUAGAGCAGGCAUGGCAUAGGUGGUGAUUCUUGGUUCAGCCGGGGAUAGGGAAUGGAAGGAAAUGGCAGAGCAUCCCAAAGAUGUUUUUUUUGGGGUGAGGUGAGCUUUGAGAGGAAGGCCGAGCUAAAAUGUGCCUUUUCCUGGUAUGUUUUCACAUGCAGUUGAGUUAAUCCAGUGCAAGGAGUAAUUUGGCAGGCAGCUGGUGAUCUGCAGUGCUCAGGGCUUCAAGGCUGAUGCUGUUCUGUAAAACAAGACUUUCGCUGCUGUUUUUAAAUGCUGAAGUUACCACGUCAAGCAGCAGAAGCAGCAACCCAGGAAUUGCCCUCCUCUGCCUUCCCCUCCUUCCCCACACCUCCCAUCCUCCAUAUUGACUCGUUGCUCUUCUUUAAAAAUGUUGUACUUGAUCAGAUUUCCUUCUCGAGCUGGUUUUCUCAUCUUCCUUUGAUGACCUGAAAUUUUCCCAGGCUUGCAGCGUGCGAUGUUUUUAGCAUAAAUGAACCUUUUCUCAAUGGCCUGCCUACAAAAACCGGUGCCAGAACUGAGCUCCUGUGCUAACAUGCCCAUCUGAAGCAAGAAUGCAGUCCAGAUGCCCAAAAUAUUGGGGUCAGCGAUGCAUCUGGAUUCCCCUAGAGCUAGACGAGGCAAUGCAGUGUACUCUGAAACACAGAGAUUUGUGAGGAAUGUGGUGCCGGUAUGUCACUUGAGCAUACGAAAGCCACCUGUGUUUGAUUAAGUACAAGCUUGUUCACCUUGGAGCUACAGAUACUGUUGAUUUGAGAUUUGAGCUCAUCCCCCACUGUUCCUGCGCAAGCAAGGACCAGAAAAAUGAAUAUCCAGGGGAAAGGCUUCCCCUUGGACCUCGGAGGAAGCUUCACUGAAGAUGCCCCGAGGCCACCGGUUCCUGGUGAGGAGGGGGAACUCGUGUCCACUGAUCCAAGGCCAGUUAGCCAUGGUUUCUACUCUGGUAAAGGUGACGUGGUUAGAAAUGAGACGUCCACGGCAACACCGAGGCGCUCUGAUUUGGAUUUGGGGUACGAGCCCGAGGGGAGUGCUUCACCAACUCCACCCUACCUGAAGUGGGCCGAGUCGCUGCACUCCUUGCUGGAUGAUCAAGAUGGCAUCAACCUCUUCAGGACUUUCCUGAAACAGGAGGACUGCGCGGAUCUGCUGGACUUCUGGUUUGCCUGCAGCGGCUUCAGGAAGCUGGAGCCGUGCGCGUCUAACGAGGAAAAAAGACUCAAGCUGGCAAAAGCCAUUUACAAAAAAUACAUCCUUGACAACAAUGGCAUUGUGUCCCGGCAGAUCAAACCAGCCACAAAAAGCUUCAUCAAAGACUGCGUCAUGAAACUGCAGAUUGACCCUGACAUGUUUGACCAGGCCCAAACGGAGAUUCAGUGCAUGAUAGAAGACAAUACCUACCCUUUGUUCCUUAAGUCGGAUAUUUAUUUGGAAUACACAAGGACAGGUGGGGAAAGUCCAAAAAUUUACAGCGAUCCGAGCUCAGGGUCUGGGACAGGUAAAGGGCUACCCGGUUAUCUGCCGACUCUGAAUGAGGAUGAGGAGUGGAAGUGUGACCAAGAGGCCGAGCCCGAGGCCAGCAGGGACUCAGCACCUUCCAGCAGGCUCACGCAGAAGCUGCUCCUGGAGACGGCCACGCAGCGUGCCGCCUCGGCCCGGCGCUACAGCGAGGGGAGGGAGUUCAGGCAUGGGUCGUGGAGAGAGCCUGUUAACCCUUACUAUGUCAACACGGGCUAUGCUUUGGCACCAGCAACCAGUGCCAAUGACAGUGAGCAGCAGAGCAUGUCCAGCGAUGCCGAUACGAUGUCGCUGACAGACAGCAGUGUAGAUGGGAUCCCACCAUACAGACUCCGAAAGCAGCAUCGCAGAGAGAUGCAAGAAAGUGCCAAAGCAAAUGGACGUGUGCCACUACCUCACAUUCCUCGUACAUACCGAAUGCCAAAGGAUAUCCAUGUUGAACCAGAGAAGUUUGCUGCAGAACUGAUCAAUCGUUUGGAGGAAGUACAAAAGGAACGUGAAGCAGAGGAGAAGCUAGAGGAGCGCCUUAAACGCGUUCGAGCGGAAGAAGAAGGUGAGGAUGCAGAUAUCUCUUCUGGUCCCUCAGUCAUUAGCCACAAGAUGCCUUCCGCCCAAGCCUUUCAUCAUUUUGCUCCUCGUUACUCUGAGAUGGGCUGCGCUGGGAUGCAGAUGAGAGAUGCUCACGAAGAAAACCCAGAAAGCAUCCUUGAUGAACAUGUACAGCGUGUGAUGAAAACACCAGGCUGCCAGUCUCCGGGGCCUGGACGCCACUCUCCUAAGCCACGGUCUCCAGAAAGUGGCCACUUAGGAAAGCUGUCAGGGACACUAGGAACAAUUCCUCCAGGGCAUGGCAAGCACGCAACAAAAUCAGGAAUGAAACUGGAUGCAGCUAACUUAUACCACCAUAAACACGUCUACCACCACAUCCAUCACCACAGCAUGAUGAAACCAAAAGAGCAGAUCGAGGCCGAGGCCACGCAGCGAGUGCAAAACAGCUUUGCUUGGAAUGUAGAUUCACAUAACUAUGCAACAAAGUCACGAAACUACACUGAAAACUUGGGCAUGGCCCCUGUCCCCAUGGACUCUUUAGGCUACAGUGGGAAAGCAAGUCUGCUCUCAAAAAGAAAUGUUAAGAAGACCGAUUCAGGGAAAAGUGAUGGUGCCAACUAUGAGAUGCCAGGAUCUCCUGAAGACGUGGAGAGAAACCAGAAGAUCCUUCAGUGGAUCAUAGAAGGAGAGAAGGAGAUCAGCAGGCAUAAGAAAACAAACCAUGGCUCUUCUGGUGCUAAGAAGCAGCUGUCCCAUGAUAUGGUCCGAUCCCUCUCCAUUGAGCGACCUGUUGCGGUGCAUCCAUGGGUCAGUGCCCAGCUCCGAAACGUCGUCCAGCCUUCUCACCCCUUCAUCCAAGAUCCCACCAUGCCACCCAAUCCAGCCCCAAACCCUCUCACCCAGCUGGAAGAAGCUCGCAGGAGGUUGGAGGAGGAAGAAAAAAGAGCUGGAAAACUCCCCCUUAAACAAAGGUUGAAGCCCCAGAAGAGGCCAGGCAGUGGUGCGUCCCAGCCAUGCGAGAAUAUCGUGGUCGCCUACUACUUCUGCGGAGAGCCCAUCCCCUACCGCACCCUCGUCAAGGGGCGCGUGGUGACACUGGGACAGUUCAAGGAGCUGCUGACCAAGAAAGGGAACUACAGGUAUUACUUUAAGAAAGUGAGUGACGAGUUUGACUGUGGUGUGGUCUUCGAGGAGGUGCGGGAGGAUGACACCAUCCUGCCUAUCUUUGAAGAGAAGAUCAUCGGGAAGGUGGAAAAGAUCGACUAGGCUCCAGGGCUGCCGAGCACGAGGACAGGACUGUGAAGGACUCCGAGACCGGAGGAGAAGGCCUGGGGCAGAUGCUGGUGGUGCCACUGCCAUGGGCACCAGGCGAGCCCAGCGUGGAGAGCAGCAGCCUGCACCAGCACGGACCUGGCCAAGCCCCAGGUUGCUGGUGGAUACCGUUUCACCCCUCAAACCUGCCAGUGGGAGCCUGGGCUCUCUCUCCAUACCGAAUAUAAGUGUAAUGUAGCAUUGUACAGUGCAUUAGAAAGUGUAAUAUGACCUUGUUUACUAAAGCUGCAUAUUUUUGAUAUAUUGUAAUAAAAGGAAAAUACUUCCAAUGUCACAGUGCUCUUAUGUAAAUGUAAAACAUACAGGUACUGCAGAGCUCGCCCAAAGUGGACAGCCACCCAUCAGACUCCGUCUGCUCCUCGCUUUCACAGCACCCUCCCCUAGCCCCUUGCGUGGAUGGGGCAGCCCCGAUCCAGAGGGGCUGCGGUCCCAGCUCACCUUGGAACGUCAUUGAGCUACUUGGACCGAGUCGGUCUCUGCCCUCCUUGGCAGGCUCAGCUGCUGCACAUGGUAGGAUGGUUUUUUAA